GGUGUGGUGCUGGUGUUGCAUCACGCGGAAGAAACAAUCCCACGCACGACGACAUCCGUGAACCGCGAGAUUACGGUGGCGCGUAGAACACAUGUGUCUGUUUUUAUUUAUUUACUAGACGUUAUUAACGUUUAUCGAACGCGUUUUAAGCUAAAGCUAAUGUGAAUAAAUGAAAUAGAGGAUUAGCUUGUCGCGGGACAUGAUCCACAGCAGAGUAACGGUUGAAGUCGCCGCCGCACGUGCUCGUUAUCAGUGAGCGACGGAUAAACGAUUAUCUCCGGUGUGUUCAUCGAUUUGUUUCUUCUGCCUCCACGUUUACGUCGUUUACCGGCUCACAGAUGGAGAAGCAGCCUUUGCCCACCGAUGAUGAGAAAACAGAUGCUGGAGAGUCAGAGGUUAAUGGCUACGCUGGUGAAGAGAGCCAGCAGGGAUCGUCGUCCACGCGAGCAGGAUGGAACAGUAAAAUAGAGUAUUUUUUGGCUCAGGUGGGAUUCAGCGUCGGGCUCGGCAACGUCUGGAGGUUUCCGUAUUUGUGCCACCAGAAUGGAGGAGGAGCUUUCCUCCUGCUGUAUGUGCUGCUGAUGCUGCUUGUGGGCAUUCCCUUGUUCUUCCUGGAGCUGGCAGCGGGUCAAGCCAUCCGACAGGGCAGCAUCGGAGUCUGGAAAUACAUUUCCCCGAGGCUCGCAGGCAUUGGCUACUCCAGCUGUGUGGUUUGUUUCUUUGUGGCCCUCUACUACAAUGUGAUCCUUGCGUGGAGUCUUUUCUACCUUGGGAAUUCAUUCCAGCAUCCUUUACCUUGGGAACAGUGUCCAAAACAUGGGAAUGUAACAGUGAAAGAAUGUGAAAAGAGCUCCCCCACGUCGUAUUUCUGGUACCGUAAAGCUUUGGAUAUCACAGACUCCAUCGAUGAAACGGGUUCUUUCAACACUUACAUCGUCUGCUGUCUGCUGGCAGCCUGGACUGUUGUGUGCCUGGGAAUGUUCAAGGGCAUCAAGUCCUCUGUCAAGGUGAUGUAUUUCUCCUCCAUCUUCCCUUACGUGGUGCUGUUCUGCUUUCUUGUCCGUGGACUAAUGCUGGAUGGAGCCUUAGAGGGAAUAUCCCACAUGUUCUACCCCAAGCUGGAAAUCUGGGCAGAUGUGCAGGUGUGGCGGCAGGCAGCCACCCAGGUUUUCUUUGCCUUGGGUCUCGGUUUUGGGUCCAUUAUCGCCUACUCCUCCUACAAUCCCAAGAACAACAACUGUCACCGUGACGCCUUCACUGUCUCCUUUAUUAACUUUCUCACAUCUGUGCUGGCCACUCUGGUGGUGUUUGCUGUGCUCGGCUUCCGCGCCAAAAACAAGGUCAUCAAAUGUGUAGUCGGUAACUUAAAGGAGCUGUCAGAGCAGUUUCACAGCGGUUAUGUGGACCAAGGGCUGAUGCCAGUAUUCAAUUACUCUGAUCCCAAGUCUGUUGCUCUGGGGGAGUACAGGUCCUGGUUUAAACAAUACGGUAGUAACGUCACCGGCAAUUUAACAGACUGUGACCUGGAAAAGGAGAUGCAGAAGGGUGUUGAGGGCACAGGUCUAGCUUUUAUUGCCUUCACAGAGGCCAUGUCACUCCUGCCCGGCAGUCCCUUCUGGUCCGCACUCUUCUUCCUCAUGCUGCUCAACUUGGGACUCAGCACCAUGUUCGGCACGAUGGAGGGAAUCCUCGCCCCCCUCAGCGACCGCUUCAAAACUCUGGCUAACAACAAGAUCAAACUGACAGUUUUCAGCUGCAUCGUCGGCUUUGUGAUUGGCCUGCUCUUCACCCAGCGCUGUGGGAACUACUUUGUGACGAUGUUCGAUGACUACUCCGCCACUCUUCCCCUCAUCAUUGUCGUGGUGUUUGAGACCUUCAGUGUGUCUUGGUUAUAUGGAGCCGAUAGAUUCCUUGAUGACAUUGAGGCGAUGCUGGGAUGGCGUCCAUCUGUUGUUUACAAGUACCUGUGGAAGUACAUUUGCCUACUCGCCAUGCUGGGGCUGCUGUUAGCCACCACUAUCCGCAUGUUCAUCGCACGCCCCACUUACAUGGCAUGGAACCAGGAGAAGGCUUCUGAGGAAUAUCUGGAGUAUCCUGGUUGGGCUCUGGCUGUUUUGGCUUCAUUGAUCAUAUUUGCCAUGAUGCCUGUCCCAGUGGCCUUGAUCCACGCUCUUCUGCAGGACAGAAGAAAACCAAGAUCCAGAGACACAGAGAUCGGUCAGUACAGCAUCGUUAGCACUGUCGACACUCCUAUGACUGACAUGUCAGAACUGGACCACAGGAACGGGGUCGCUACUUCUGUUUCCUAAACUCUGGACUUGCAUCAAGGAAAGGACCUAAAGUACACGCUAUAAAUUUGUACGAGCCAUUUUUAAGGACCCUUCUGUUAUCUCACAGCUUUCAGUGCACAUGCCACACAAAAAACAUUUUAGUAUUUAAAACUUUCUUCCACUGUUUUUCAACUUUGGUUAAGUCCAAGAAUAUCCAGGGGAUAUGAUUUUCUAAUAAUGUUCUAGCAAGUAAAGCUUUUAAAAAGUAUGUAGUAUGGAAAAUAUGGAGCAAAUAAUUUAUUUCUGUUUGAUGCCUACAAUGUGGAAUAUCAACAACACGACCGACUCAUUCAUUCAAAUGAGCAAAAACAAUGUUUCAGUAGAAGACAUGUCAUGUUGCUGCAGUUUGGUUGUUUUGGCUCAGUAUUUCAGAUAUUAAUUUAUCUGUAUUAUAAUAUUUUUUCACUUUAAAAAAACACAUAAUUGCAUAUAAGCUGUCCUUAAUUUCAGCAAUUCACACCUGCUACUGAAAAUAUUCCAACAAUCUUUCACUAUUCAUUUGAGGACAGUUACAGCUCAUCACUGCCAAAAACCUCUUCUCUUCAAUUUAAAGCUCUUCCAUGUUUAUAUUUUUGUUUUCCUUGUGAACUGGCUGCACAGUAAAGACUUUUUAAGACUGUUACACCAGGAGAGAUAUGUAUGCUGAAAUUAAAGGUGAAGUCCGGGACGUUUUCACAUGAAUGUAUAAAUGAAAAAAAAUGAAUUUGCUAAAUUCAAACCUUUGCCAAUUGAGUUGACGCAGUGCUGAUGAAGCCUGGCAGCACCAGAUAAAUCUUCCUGUAUUUCACAGAGCUUUUAAUCUGCUCUCUGUGGCAACAUUCCUGCACUGGCAGCAAAGUUUUCUGUCAACCGACACCGUUUGGUUCGCCAGAGCUGAAAUGGGGAGCAACUAUGGUGGCAGAAGCCAUGUUUCCAUAAUGUGUUUUGAAGUAUCACAUUCAUAUAAACUGCAAAAUUCGUAAAAACUUUCCCAUUUUUGCAAAAAAAAAAAAAAAAAAAGCCUUUUCACCUGCUUGACGUGGUUUUCGAUAGCAGGCCUAUUGAGCGAUGGAAGCACAGCUGAUCAGCUGGUUCCACUUCAUCAUCUGAAACUUGACCAAUACCAGCUGACUUUAACAGAUAAUUACAUCUUGCUCAACUGAAAAAAUUUUUGAGGACUCUACAUUUUUCUCUUGUAGAUGGCCAGAGAUUUGUUUUUUCUUCUUUACAUUUUUUUAGCAGUUGACAAACAAUAGCUUUUGUUUUCGUCCUCUUCUGCUCUUUUUAUUACAGCCACGAGGAGCUUAGCCUAAACCGCCACUUUCCAGCAACUCUAUACAGCUUCCCUGCUCCAAAGCAGUUCGUGUAAAAAUUCUUAUUUUCUGCUUUUAUGUUUUUGCAACCUUUGAAAAUAUUGCAUGAAAUUUGCCUCACAGUUAUUUGGAAUGAUGGCUAGAGACAUGGAGCUGUGCUGCAUAUCAGGCAGUGAUAGCAGCAACUAGAAGUAAAGACCCUGAAGUGUUGACAGUGCAUGUGUAAUUACUCUCACUACCAGAAGGGGGAGACAAAAGUUCCCCACUUGAGGUUUAAGUACAGCUGUAAGGUAGUAUUAAAGGUCCAGUGUGGAGGAUUUAUUGUGCAAGCGACUCACUCAGCCUCCCUUUCCAAAUGGCUAGGCUACAGCUUAUGCCAUUUCAGUGUAAAAAUGUCAGCUAAUUUUUACACUAAUGUGAAAGUUAUUAUGAAUGCUAUGUUCCAUUUCUGCUAACGGAUUCCUUAAAAUCCUCCCUCCUUUACACAAAAGCUAUCCAACCAUGUUCACCAUAAAAAACACGAGUCCAGAGCCACUGUUUUACUUUUCUAUUUAUUCAUACAGUAAGCGGGUGUAGCUGCACAGUUUACACAAAAUAUGCAUGUUAGCAUUCUCUUUUCAAAGCAGCAGCUCAUACAUACUGUCUGGAAUGUUUGAGGGAAAAAUAAAUCAGCAUUGAAGUAAUACGGAGCAUAUGUGCACAAGGACUCUGAGCUGUUUUUUGUUGUGUCAGCAUGGUUAAAAACAUUGAGGUAAACUCCUGUUAGCAGUGUAAAUAUGUAUAUAAUGUAAAAACUCUUUAAGAACAAAGUGAUGAAACCUCUGGGAUGUCGAUCCCGCUUUGUUUUUAGUAGAUUGGAAAUGUGCAUGAAGCAUUGAGUGUGUGUUUUUGUAAAGCUCGUAUGGAAAGUAAAGUAGUUUUGUGUAUGUUUUUAAACAAGCUACGCAAAUCCACACAAAGUACUUUCUCACUUCAGAUUUACAUGCAGUAUAUGAUUGUAUUUUUUAAACUUGAUGGCAGGUUACAAAUGUGUCAUAGUUUGUUUUCUGUAGUUUGUUUUUAGUUUUUCUGUUACUUCAGCGGGUUACUAUCAAAAUCACUUGAGUUCAUGAACUUGAAUGCUGUAGAAUUCUGGGUGCCUUCGACUUUAAUAGGGCUGAAUGAACAAAAACCUGAACGAAUUCCAGCAUAUGUACAAUUUUAUAGAACAUUUGUCAGAUCGAUAGUGUGCUGAUUCUAAAUGUGUAAUAUAAAUUUUUAAGGAAGUGUAAUAUGCCACUCCUCUGUCAAGUGUUUCUAUUUUAUUAAAACAACUUUCAGCA